UAAGUUGAAAACCUGUCUGAGUGAAAGUCCGAUUGGGUUGGGCUCUCGGGUCACCGAUCAUCUCGGACAUUUUGCAGCCCCGUUUUAGGCGUUGCCCCAAUCUCUUCCGUUCAUCCUAAUUCCGGCACCCACUGAAACCCUUGCUUGAAAAACAGAGACCAGUCGUUACUCUGAUAGCCGGUGGUCGCUGCAGUCUCUGGCUCCAUUAUCUCCGACAGGUACACCUCACUGCAAUCACCUCCACAGCCGUUCCUAGCCGCUUCUAGCUGCUCUCAUAUCCACCAUCGUCAUUCAUCUCCGGCGAGGCACCAACGAGAAUAGCUUUCGUUUUCUGGUGCCUUUGGAUAUACCAUCACGACUGUCAUCUCACCGACGGCCACCGCUUCCCUGCCAUCAUUACUCUUUCUGUUCCAUAGUUCUGGCACCAGCACCACCAUUGCAGUCAAUGACUACCAACAAUAAGCAACAGUAUUUCAGGGCAUUCCUCAGAGAAUUUAGAGGCAGAUUUUAGGGUUCGACUGUUGCCAGAAGUUGUGUGGGUCAACCCCUCAGAAGGCUUACAUAGUACAUUUUACUGGCUGCCCACCAGCAAGCUCAAUAUAGUAAAUGUGCAUAACCUUCACAUAAUAUAAAGAAGGAAGAUGAAUCGCAAGAAAGAACCCUGCAGAAACUUCCAACGUGGCAGCUGUCAGUAUGGCGAACGGUGUAAGUUUCUUCACGUGACUCAGCAGCAGCCAAAACCUAAUGUCUCUGGAUUUGGUGCACAAACUAGCUCAAAUUUUCAGCACACAAAUGUACAACAGCAAAAGUCUAAUCCUUUUGGAUUUGGUGUCCAGAGCAACUCUUUGCCAACAGGGGCCACUGAUUUUGGAUCCAAGCAGAACCAUUUCAAGCCUUUUGAAAACAAGUGGACCCGCUUCUCCCCUCUGACUACUGGUACCUCCUCCUCCUCCCGACAAUCUGAUAAUCAAGCACAACCUGCUAAUCAUAAGUGCACAGAUCCUGAGUCAUGCAAACGUCAAAUUGUUGAAGAUUUUGAGCAUGAAAGACCAAUUUGGAAGCUCACAUGUUAUGGUCACUGUAAAAGUGCUCCUUGUGACAUUGUUGGCGACAUUAGCUAUGAAGAAUUGAGGUUGGCUGCAUAUGAUGAUGCUGGGCGUGGGUUGAACUUGCAGUCCAUUGUUGAGAGGGAGAGGAGUUUGCUCAAUUCCAAGUUAAUUGAAUUUGAUAGCCUCCUCCGUAAACCCUAUGCAGCUCCACCAAAUUCUACUCUUGCCAUCCAAAGUCCUGCUCCCAAUCCAGAUGCAUCCUCACUAACUGCUCAAAAUAAUACUCCUCCUUCAGCCUCAAGUUUUAGUCAACUGAGCACAUCACCUAAUAUGGGAUUUGGAACGAGGCCCUCUACACCAUCAAAUAAUGCUUUUGGGCAAUCAAAUUCCUUUCAAUUCUCCAGCCAGACUUCAGGUGCAUUUGGGACAAACAACUUGGCAUUUGGAAAUGCAGGUUCAUUUGGCAGCCAACUUCCUGUGCAGAUGCAUGGAAGUCCCCUUCCCUCCAAUACAGCAGGCUUCAGCCAUAAUAACAUGAGUGCUGGAAGUAAAGCAUUUUCUCCUGCAGCAGCGCCUCCACAGAUCAUCAGUUUAGCAAAUAACCAGUCACCUAUCCUUUCCAAUGGGACUAACUCUAUGUUUGGUGCAGAGUCAACCAUGCAUGCUCAGCUUUUGGUUUUGGUCUGUCUUCUCCAUGCCGCAGAGAGAAAAUGCAGAGAGAUAACUUUUCUGGGGAUACGAGUAUUUGGUUGAAAGAGGAAUGGAAUCCUGGAGAGAUUCCAGAAGAAGAGCCUCCGGCUGCUUUUGUUUAACAGGUAUACUUGGGUAAUGAAGACUUAUAAAGCAUCAUAGUUGAAAGGCUAGAAGAGCACACAGCUUAUUGGCGUCACUUGCAAGAUUGAUAAAGCUGUCAUGGCCAUGGAGUGGGAAGAAGGGAUGAUUAAUUUUGGUAUGAUAAUUUUCUGGCAUGCUGAAGAAGUCACUUGUUGCUACAAUAGUUAAAUCAUUCUGAUGCCUGGGCCCCUGUUCUUGCUUUAGAGUCUUAAGUUCUCUAGCCGUGGCAAGUGAAAUGUGGGAUUAUCUUUUCCAUUAAUCACACAUAUCUUGCCAUGCACUGGCCUUUAAAGCGGCAUCUGAAUUGUGGCUAUGUUGCUGUGCAAAUUUUUGGAUUAUCUAUAAAUGCAUUAAUUGAUGCACAUAAUUGCUGAUAUUUUCUAUUGAA